AUGUCAGACGAUGGGCUCGAUACAAGAUCUGAAGUGGGAUCGGUCAACAGCACUCGAAGUCGGAGAAGCCAACUUUCGUUUGAAGCGUUGGAUACGAAAGUGAUGACUAUGGCCGAUCUGAGAUCAUGGAUCCCAAAAAAUGAACCAAAGUUUGAAUUUAAAAAACCUGAAGACACAACAACUACAACGGAAAUUCUAAAUCAACCAAUCUCGUCCAACAAAGUUUUUGCUCCACAAGUAACCAUUGAUGCCGACGGCAAACUUACUCUCGAUAAAUCGAGCCUGUUUGUUCAAAGCGUACAACCGAUGCAGAACUUGGAAAAAUCUUUUGACUGGAAUAAACUCUCGGACACGCGGUAUUCAUCUUUUCGCAAAAGGUACAAGCCUGUAAAAGUGUGGAGUGAAAAGGAAACCGAGCUUUUUUAUGAUAUCAUAUCCAGGACUGGUACGGACUUUACCCUAAUGCACGAAUUCUUUCCAACACGCUCACCAGCAGAAUUGAGGAAUAAAUUCAAAAGGGAGGAGCGCAACAACAAGCAACAUCUUCAUGAGUUGAUGGCUUUACCAAUUACUCUUGACAAGUCUUUGUAUCGUCACGCGGAUAAAAAGCUCAAAGAAAUAGACGCAGAGGAGAGAAAGAAAAAAGAAAUGAAACUGAAGAAAAAGAUCAAGGAUGAUCUUGACAAUCAAAUUAAGCCAAGGAACAUCGUCGCUUUAGAACAAGUAUCAUAUUUUGAAGAUAUCGAAUCUUCGACUUCAAUAGAACUGACGGAGAAGCGAGAAGUUUCCACGGCUGCUAAGGACCUCCUACAAGCAACGUUUUCGAUGGUGCCACAAAGUCCACUACUCGAGGAGAAAAAACCCGUUCCAGUCCUACGUGGAUAUGGUAAA